UUAAGUUAUUUAUACAUGUUAAUAAUUCAAUUAUGAUAAGGAUAUAUCCGUAACGUAUGACUAAAAGAAAAAUAUCUACUCAUAUUUCUAACUUUAUGUUUAGCCGCUUGAAUAGCCUAGCAUACCUAGCUAGUUUUCCAUGAAGAUAGCUAACCUAGUUAGCUUAGCUUGGUAACCGUCAAGAUACUUUACGUUAGUGACGCAAAUGCCUCUAAAUACUAUUUUUUGCAGAUCAGUUUACUAGCUAAUGAUUUGGCGGCUAUUCUUCAAACUUAUUAACUAUGCCAUCACUUGCUUAAAUAAGUGGCAAUUGUAACCUAGCAUCAAGUUUAUUUGACUUGCUUGGUUUUCUGCUUAAAUAUCAGUAUUAGUCAUUUAAUUUUAAUAUAACUCUAGAACAACAGUAUCCAACAGUUGUCAUAUUAAUCCCUCUUUUAGACAUCCACAGUUUCCCAUAUUCUAGCUAGCUACCGUUUUAAUUAUGAAACGACAGUGAAUGUGAGUUGAGUCUGUCCUGGACAUGGAGAAGUUUGGAAUGAGCUUUGGUGGAGGCCCAAGUAAAAAAGAGCUGCUUGAUACAAUUGAGGCCCAGAAAACACAGCUCAUCCACUAUCAGACCAGAUUGAAAGACGUUGUCCGAGCCUAUAAGAGCUUAUUGAAGGAGAAAGAAGCUUUGGAAGCUAGCCUGACUGUCCUUACUGCAUCUCAAGAAGUCAACUUGAUCAGCAAUGUCCCAUCUUCGGGAGGAUGCAGUGUCCAUACAGAGUGCCCAGUGCCCUCGGAACUUGUGGAUGACCACUGUUCACAGCAUAGUGAGGACAGCUUGGACACAGCAGCGUCUGUUGACACGGCCACCAGUGUGACUAGCAACAGCACUAAGGGAGACCCUGCAGAAGAAGACCAGAGCAGCUCUGGAGAAGGACCCAUUCUCCAGCAGUCAGAGGAGGCAAGUGGGUCGGAGAGCGGCGUCAGCUCUAGCAGCAGUGCAGGCAUGGAGCAACCUGUUGCGCUUGCUGAGGCAGACCGUCGAGUAAUCCAACUCAAGACCCAACUGUCUACCCUGACCACCUCUUUGGCCACGGUCACCCAAGAGAAGUCUAGAAUGGAGGCCUCUUUCCAAGCAGACAAACGGAAGAUGAAGCAGGAGCUGGAGGAGAUGCAGGAAAAAAUGGAGGAGGCACAUAGGCAACACCAGGCAGAGUUCCACGCUUUACAGGAGCAGCUUGCGGAGAGCAAGGCCCGUGUCAUCAUGCAGCAGCACGAGCGGGAGCAGGAACAGGCAGACCAUGUCCAUAUGCUCCGUGAGCUCCAGAAGCUCCUUCAGGAGGAGAGGAGUCAGAGGCAGGAUGCCGAGCUCAAACUGGAGGAUGCCAGGCAGACCUUGGUGGAAACCAUGCAGGCCAUAGACCGAGGGCUGGAUUAUGAGGAGCAGCUGAGGGAGAUUACUCGGGAGUGUGAAACACUUAGAAAAAGCCUACAGGCUGCAGAGGCUGAGAGGAGCAAGCCUGACCCACGGGUGGAGGAGCUGCAGCAAGAGAUUGGCGAUCUCAAAGCACACUUCAACCAGCAGCUUCAGCAGGAAAUUAGGAAGGUCGCUCAGGCAGAAGAGCGUUUGCGAGAGCAGGUACAGUUGGAAGAGGGGAGAGUGGCCAGUCUAGAAGAGAGAGUCUCUGAGCUUUCAGAGCUGCUGGGUACUUGUGAAAAAGCCAGGCAAAAGGACCAACAGAAUGCUCAGAGACUACGGGAGCGCAUCCUUCAGCUAGAUACAGAGAACAAAACCCUAGCCAUCGCAGCCAGCACCAGGCCAGCUGUGUCAGACCUCGGCCUCGAUGAAGCGAACAUGGAUGUGAACAUGCUAAAGGACAAACUGGAGAAGGUGAAGAUGAUGCUGCAGCUGGCCGUGCAGCGAUCUCAAGACCAGACGAUGGAGAUUGAGAAGCUGAUGGAGGGAGACAUCGGACAAGGCAGCGAGGCAUCGGAUGGCGAGAAGGCCUCUGCGCUUUAUUACCAGCAAGAGCUGCGGCAGCUGAAGGAGGAAUUUGAGCGCUACAAAAUGAGAGCACAGGUAGUUUUGAAGAACAAGAAUGUCAAGGACGGCAGCCAAGCCAGAGAACUCGAGGAGGCCCGGGACCAGCUGGCCGAGCUGAAAGAGAAGUACAUCAACCUGCGCAUCCAGGCUGAUGAGGCGGAGGCGCAGCACAAGCAUCAGCUGGAGGAUCGGCAGCAGAGCCUGACUGUUCUUCAGCAGGCCCAUAAACAGGAGCUGGAGAAGCUGGAGGCUCAGCACAGGGACAGCUUCUUGCUCCUGGAGGAAGAGCUGCACAAGCAGCGGGACCGCACCAUGGCUCUGCUUGCCGAGAAGGACCUGGAGCUGGAGCAAGUCCGAGCUGCUACGACGGCCGGCCUUGGAGGCCAUCGAGGGUGGGGCACGAGCGAUGGUGGCGCAGAGAGAGGAGGUAAGGUGGAAAGGGACGACACUGCAGGCAGCGUUCCGGCAGAUGGAGAGAGCGAGAUCAUCGCCCAUGCGCUGAAGCUAGUUGGGCCAAACGAGCCUACCAUGCUGCUGUAUGCCGAGCAGCUGGCUCGGAAGGAGGUGGAGAUCACUGCCCUGCGCAAGCAGAAGCAUCGGAUGGAGGAAGAUGUUCGUCAGCUGCAAGGAAAGUUGAUUGCUAACAGUGAGAGACAUGAAGAGGAAGUAGCCAAGCUACAAGCACAGCUAGACAAGUGCGUGCGCGACCAGGGCAGAGAUGGAGCUAACUUGGAGUACCUUAAGAAUGUCAUCUAUAGGUUCCUCACGCUCCAGGACUUCAGAGGGCGCCAGCAAACGCUCACAGCCAUCUUGACCAUCCUCCACUUUAGCCCUCAAGAAAAGCAGGCUGUUGUGAAGCAGCAAACACAGAACUGGUGGACAGGUGGAAUGAGAUGAUAUGAAGUCAGUGACAGUUAGAAAGGCAGAUAGAUUAUUUAUUUUGUAAUUAAUUAAUUAGUUUUUCAAGACUACAGUUUUCUAUCUUGAGGUUUAUGAAAGUUUAUAAUAGUUCUUUUUUUAAACCUUAAUUACUGUUUUUGUUCUGUUAAAGCUUGCAAUCAUUAAAUUUGUGUGGCCUUUUGCAUUCCAGGUGAAUACUUAUUUCAGAUCUCUACUAACUAAACAAGUUGACAUUUGGUAGGAGGUAUUUUCAGGAGGAGAGACAUUUGGUAGGAGAGGACUAUUAUUUUGUUUACUUAUACAAGAUCAGCACAUCCUUGUUCCCUAAGGAGAAAUGUAACCACUACCUUUUAAACUUGUAUGGAAGCAUGUAAUUAAUUCCACAAAUAUUAACACCAAAGAAGGCAGUCAGCUAAUUUGCUGUUUGCAAUAAUGUAUGAACCUCAGUUAGACAAUAUAAAAUGAAAAAUAAAAAUCUGUAAAUAAUGCAGAUUUUUGUACCCACUGUUUUUGUUCUUAAACCUUGUAUAGUUUCUCUACAUUUCCAUGCAUAUUACUAUUCAGAUGGUCAUGAUUGUAAUAUUAGGAUUGAAGACCCACUGCACUGCAAAGUGUAGCCUUGGUAUAAUGUUAAUGUUUCCCCUGGCUAGUUAAAAUCGGUUAAUUAUUAUAAAGCUGUUUAUGAUGAUAAGCAUGUAAAGGGUGGAAAACAAGCUGUUCAGUGUUUUUGCCUUCUGACUCUGUUAUGUGAUUGUUUAGUAAUUCUGUCAAUUCAGUCUUUGUUUCUUCACAUUUUGAAUUCUUUUUUUAAUUAAUUACACCAAGACCACUACAAUCACAACACCCAACACACGCUUAUGUCAGUCAACUUUUCCUGUGACUACUGCUGAUCAGAUGAACUAAUGAAAACAUUACUGCAGAUUUCAAUCAGUUUUGGAAUAGUAAGGCAUUCACUUAAGCAAACAGACAAUACAAAGUUUACAAAGCAAUAUGUAUAAAUAAAUUAUAACAUUUAUGUAAACAGGAAUAUUAGGGUAACCAGUGUGUUGAAAUAAUUUAAUCCUACCUUACAUAAAUUGGCCACAUUUGUAUUAUUGUAUGCAUGGAAACAUAGCCAGGGAUGAGCUGUUAAUGACUUCUGUUGAAACCCUGCAGCUUUUUCAGAUCUAAAAAUGUCUUUUUGUGGAAAGUAACUAUUAACUUUAUAUUUGAUAGUUUUUCAACUUUCAAUAAAUGGAUCAUGUAUCUAAUCAAAUGUAUAUUUUUGACUUCGAUUAA